GGCUCACGUCGUACACGUCGCGCACACGUUCGCCCGCGUAUUUAAUAUAAUAUACACACACUGCGCACCGCCGCCGCGACAACAAGUGGUCCGCGACGAGACCGUUUCCUUAAAGAUAAAACCGCAAACAAGGGACCGUAGCACGUGACCCCUUCCUCCCGCCGUCAAUAACUGCACUUACCGGGCGGUUAUUUAUUUUUUUCUUCAUAUUUUUUAAAUUCAACCGCCAAAGUGGCUAACCACAACCAUCACCACCAUGACCUGCGGUCCGUCGCAGCCGCCGCUGCCGUCGCGUACCCGGACGCACGGCCUAACGAUUACUUGGGCUACUGCGACCCGGCCGCCGUCAACUUGUGGCGCAUGGUGGUGCCCCGCGGGGGCGGUCCGGCUCAUCAUCCGGAUUCCGUCGCAUCGUAUCAACCGCCGACCACAGCUGCCGCUACCGCCGAGCCCCCCCACUGGGGCUACGGACCGUGGAGUUCGAUGCCCGCGCCACCGCCGACUUCUCGACACCAUCAGCAAGGCGUCAAAAGACAUUUCAACGAGAGCGACGAUUGCGACGAUGCGUUUUCUGAGGAGUCCAGCAAAGACCAUUGUUCUUCACCUGGAGACGGAACUGACACGCCCCACAUGCUUACCCGGAAAAAACGCCGGGGCAUCAUCGAAAAAAGACGUCGCGACCGCAUCAACACCAGUCUGUCAGAACUCAGACGGCUUGUGCCCACGGCGUACGAAAAACAGGGUUCGGCCAAACUGGAAAAGGCCGAAAUCUUACAGCUCACGGUCGAUCAUUUGAAAAUGAUUCACGCAAAAGGUUUAGACACGUUGGCUUACGAUCCGUCCAAGUACGCGAUGGAUUACCACAAUAUCGGGUUCAGGGAAUGCGCCAACGAGGUGGCUAGGUACUUGGAGUCGGUGGAAGGCAUGAACGGUCGGGACCCACUGCGCGAACGUCUACUGUCGCACUUACAGUACUUUGCUGCACAACGCGAGUAUGCGGCCAAGUCACCGGCCGCUGCGGCACACCACAACGCGCCGCCACCGCCGCCGCCGCCAGGUUGGUACGGUGGUCAUCACGUUGGGGCGCCGCCGCCGCCACCGCCGCCACCACCGCCGACCAUUCCGCCGGUGCACCAUUACCCGUCGACGACGUCACCUCACCAACAACAACAGCAACCGCCGUCGCUGACCCUUCCCCCGCCGCCGCCACCGCCCAGCCACAACAACAACAAUUACGAGACGUCAGCAACGGCCGCGGACGGCAUCAAAUCUGCGGCCGAAGCGGACGCAGCCGGCCUCACCACCCUGUCGUCCGUCCCGGCGGACUAUCAUCAUCACCACCACCAUCACCAACAGCAGCGACAACACGAACAGCAGCACCAUCAUCGCGGUCGCGACGACUACCAGCACCAACACCAGCACGGCGGCGGCGCCGGCAACCAAUUGCACAACUUGCAACCCGUUCAACCGCCACCGCAGCCGCCGUCGAGCUAUCACGACGAUGCAGCCAUGCACCAACAGCACCAUCACCAACAACAACAGCAGUAUCAACCCGAUUCGUCCGUUUCCGCGCAGAUGAAACCAUAUAGGCCCUGGGGCGCUGAAGUGGCGUACUAAAUAGCGUUUAUAUCGCUCAUCUCGUUAGUACCUAUUGACAAUAAGUGGCAUACGCACUAUACUGUAUUAUAGUGUAUGACAACUCAAUGAGAGUUUUUUUUCUCUUGAAUUUUUUUACUGUGAAUUAUUACCUAAUUAUUAUCGUGAACCGUAUUCUAGUCAACAACCCUAACCAAAGCCAUUUUCGUUUUUUGUACUUAUACAUAAUAUAUAGCAAUAAUAUUGUAAUUACUCGCAAUUGCAUCGGAUAAAUAUAUCGUCCUACUCCGCGCGUUAAUGUUUGGUGUUCCCUAUUCAUCAUAUAAAUAUAUUGUAUCAUUUAAUAAUUAACGCGUUGUGGGGAAAUGCAAUCGACGAGUGACAUUUUUUUUUUAAGUUUUAUGUUUAUUUUUUUGUAUAUUUUUAGAGUCUUAUAACAUACAGAGAGUUGUACGUAUUUUGGACACGUACGAUAAUCCUAUACUUUUAUUUUUAUUAAUGAUAUUUAUAAUGAUUAUAUUUUGUACGAUAUGACAAGAAAUUAUUUGUUAACGUA